AUCGCUACAUAUAAAAAACCCUGUGAGGCCGACCAUCAUCAACAUAACGACGAAAAUUCCAAAAAUCAAAACUAAAAAGAAUGGCGACCAACAACGCCGCCCAAAUUCCGACAAGCUUCGGCCACGAACUCCGAGCAUGUCUCCGUUGCCGUCUAGUCAAAACCUACGAUCAGUUUAGAGAUAAUGGAUGUGAGAAUUGCCCUUUCUUUAAAAUGGAAGAAGAUUCAGACCGUGUUGUUGAAGCCACUACCCCUAAUUUCACUGGGAUAAUCUCUGUAAUGGAUCCUGCACGAAGUUGGGCUGCAAGGUGGCUUCGAAUUGGCAAAUUUGUUCCUGGAUGUUACACACUUGCUGUCUCAGAGGCACUAUCAGAAGAGCUGCAGGGUUUGUGUGAAGAAGAGCGGGUGCAGUAUAAUCCACCAAAGCGUGUAUGAGUAAUAUGUAUGCAUAUUGAUAUAAGCUGAUCUGGUAGUUGUAAUCGCCUAGUGUCAAAGUUCAGAACUUUAUUUAUCACUUGCUUUAGGUUAUGAUACUUUUUACUGUAAUGGAGCUUUUGUUUUAUGGAAGUUUAUUUGUUAGCUUUAUAAAAAGUAGUAGUCUUUAUUUA